AUGAGAGAUUUGUUACGAGUUAACAAUGAAUCAAGCUCGGGAUUAAGCUUUGGAGGAAAAACAGUUGUUCUAGGUGGAGACUUUAGGCAAAUACUUCCAGUGAUAACAAAAGGAUCUAGGCAGGAUAUUGUUAAUGCAUCAAUCAAUUCAUCCUAUCUUUGGCAACAAUGUAAGCUACUUAGGUUAACACAAAAUAUGCGUCUAAGAGUUACUAAUGGAGAUGAAAACAUUGAAGAUUUAAGGAAAUUUGCAAAUUGGAUUCUUGAUGUGGGUGAUGGAAAACUAGGAAACUUAGAAGAUAGUGCCAGUGUAAUCAGUAUUCCACCUGAGCUUCUUAUAAAGGAAUUUGAUGAUCCAAUUGAGGCAAUUGUUCAAGCUAUCUAUGGUGAUUACUUAAAAGACUCGACUGAUUUUAGUCAUCUUCAAGGUCGCGCAAUAUUAGCUCCAACUACUAACAUCGUUGAAGAGGUCAAUCACUACAUGCUUUCUUUGAACAGUCACGAAAUGAAAACAUACCUAAGUUGUAACUCAGCUUCCUUUAAAGGUGGUAAUAACACGUUUGACAAUCUUCACACUCCCGAAUUUUUGGCAACUAUCAAAACGCUUAUCAUCUUCAAAUUAACCCUAAUAAAUAUUAAAAUUAAGUUUCAAACUUUGUUAUUCAUACUCACACAUGUCGAUACAAAUUUUGCCAAUACGAAGCAUUACUUCUUCCAUGUUUACCGCGCGGAGGCGCGGGUGGACAGCUAG